UUUGUGGGGCUGCGGCAGCAGGGCUGCGGCACCUAUGCGCUCGUCUUCCGCGCCCGCAGCCGCGUAAGUGGCAAGCUGGUGGCCCUCAAGCGCAUGAAGCUGGACUCUCAGGAGGAAGGCGUGCCCACCACCGCCCUGCGGGAGGUCUCCCUGCUGCGCCAGCUGGCGGGGAGCCCCCACAUCGUGCAGCUGGAGGAUGUGGUGUGGGACCAGCGCAGCCUGUACCUUGUCAUGGAG